UGCGAUUUUUAGGACAAUCACCAACAGUUGUCGAACGCACUCCGAACGACCCAAGAUGUUUUUCAAGUUGUCACUUCUUUCUCUUUUGAGUUUGGCUGUUCUGGCGCACCCAAGUGCCAGGAUCCAACCGAGUCCCGAAGAAAAGAGGUUGGAAGAAGCGGGAGGUUUCUUCCAAGGUGAUAUGCGUUUCCCACCCGGUCGUAAUGGUUUGACCAACAGCAACCAAAGAUGGACUAACAACGUUGUUUACUACGAUAUCAGUCCCUCUUUCACUGAACCAGAGAAGAACUACAUCCUUGGAGCCAUCAAUGCCAUCCAGGCUGCCAGCUGUGUUAGGUUCGAAAGAAGGACCAACCAAAACAAUUAUGUUUAUGUCACUCGUGAAAACUCUGGUUGUUGGUCUUAUGUUGGUAUGAUUGGAGGCAGACAAGAUUUGAACUUGCAAGCCAAUGGAUGUGUAUACCACGGAACAGCCGUUCACGAGUUCCUCCACGCUCUUGGAUUCCAUCAUCAACAAAGUGCAUCCAGCCGCGACAAUUACGUCAGCAUUGAAUGGGGAAACAUCCAAUCUGGACUGGAAGGCAACUUCGACAAAUAUUCAUCAUCUUACGUCACUGACUUUGGCUAUGGAUACGACUACGAAAGUAUUAUGCAUUACGACCAAUACGCUUUCAGCAAGAACGGAGGAAGGACUAUUACAACUCAUAACCCUGCCUACCAAAGCGUCAUUGGAAACCGUGGUGAUUUGAGCCACGCUGAUAUCCAAAAACUCAGGGCUAUGUAUGGCUGCUGAAUCUAUUAUAUGUAGUUAAGUCAAAUUGAACUACAAUAAAAAGGCACGACUAACUGA